AUUCGAGAUAUUUAGUUAAUGUUUAACUCAUAUACGUAAAUGGAUCAAUAUGAUUGUAUUUUACGAUGAUAGGAGUCGAUUUCAAUAUUAACAACGAGUCCACACGCACGUCUUUACAUGGCGUACUCCAGUUUAUUGAUUAGGCUAAAAUGAGAGGCGCAAGACCUAAAGACCCUGGACGUCGAGUUGGUCUUCCGACCGAAGACACCAGAAAACGUCACCAACAGUCGUCUAGCGUUAAACAUUUACACGCUCAGUCAUACUUGGAUUACAGGGGGAACCAUCAUCCAUUAACACAAGAUGACGAAAACUGGACAGUUGCUGGAGGAUUUAGAAAUCGCAAUCGUGGCGAGGCUAAUAGAGGUAGACCUUAUAGGGCGAAUGCUAUGACUCAUCACCAUGGAAAUCACUAUUCAACCUCCACAACGACCUAUGGAGACUUUAGGAGAGAAAGCCGUACAAAGGGAAAAGGAAGAGUUGGAGAUUUUGCACCGACCCCAAAUAGGCCUCCUAAUUAUCAAUUAGAUGGAGGAAGAUGCCAUUACGCUGAAACGAAACCCAUUGUAAAACCAUUAAAUAUGAAUGAUCUCAAGAAAAUACAUCAGACGCAGUCGCCUAAUGACGUGGUGCAUAUGUUAUCCAACCGGGCCGACAUGCUCAAAGCACUCUUAAAUGAAAAAAAAAUUAACAAUGACGUCACUGAAAUUCUACUCAGGAUUUUUGUAAGGGUAUUUGAGUACAAAACAUCUAAAAAAGUUUCAGAAAAAAUAAAAGCAGUAAUAGAUAUGUUAAAAGACAGUACAUUUUUUAAGAGUGUACUUCAGUUAUAUACAGCAAAUUUAGGAGAUAAAUCAAACACAAAAAACCCAAGUCAAAUUGAAAAAAAGAUAGCUCUCCUUUCGAUAUUUCUACGAGGGUUCAUUCCUGGACCUGAAUGCGAAGUGAAAGAUCUCGAAAUGCAUAUAACACUCCUUGACGCCUCUAGUAAAGCCUUGUUUGUACAACGAAAUUUGUCACAAGAAGCUGUUAUUGAGGUAGCACGUUUAAAAAAAGAAGUGGACAAAUGCAUUACUGAAGCAAAGGAAGAAGACAAGAAGAGACGACAACAUGCCUCUGCCAUCCGAGAAGGUAUUUUUGAUGGCCCACCGCCUGAUGACUAUCGGGAUAUUCCGAUAUUACCAACCAAAGAUGACCUCCAGUCAAUGGAACCACCGUUCCUUCGGCCUAAUAAAACUAAAGGAAGUUACUCAAAUCAUAUUCAUUAUCUCGAUGUUCAAUUCCGAUUGCUGCGAGAGGACUUCAUUGGCCCUUUACGUGAUGGAAUUCAAACACACUUGGCUAAUGUAGCAAAUCCUCUUCCACGUAACCAGAGAAAAAGGAAUACAGAUGUUCGUCUGUACUAUGACGUUCAAAUUGACCAUCCUGUAAUUUCUGAAAACGGGGUACAUUAUCGCGUUAAAUUCAGUCUCGGUAACUUAACGCGUGUAAAGUGGCAGAAUACAAAACGAUUAAUUUUUGGCUCACUUGUCUGUUUAUCACAUGACAAUUUUCAAACUCUUGUUUUUGGAACGGUUGGCAAUAGAGAAGAAGAAUUACUACGCCAUGGCCGAGUUGAUCUUAAGAUCCAUAAUAUUGAAAACGUAGAAAAUACACGUGUAUACACUAUGGUCGAAUCAACAGCAUUUUUUGAGAGCUACAGGCCUGUCCUGCAGGUACUUCAACAGUUCAAUGAAGAAUCUAUACCGAUGGAAAACUACAUUAUUCGGGCUUCACACAACAUAGAACAACCAAAAUAUCUGCGUAAUAAGAGCGGCCUAAUGUACGAUAUUAGUUCUUUGAUGAAACAAGAAAUAAGAACUUACAAUAGGGAUAGACGACGACCCAUGGGCCUUCGUCACGAAAAUAGAAUUAACAUACUAGACGACAAUGCAUGGCCCGAAUUUAACAAACUAACACUUGAUGAAUCACAGUUAAGUGCUGUAAAGGCAGCAUUGACAAAAGAGCUUGCGGUUAUUCAAGGGCCACCAGGAACUGGAAAAACAUACAUUGGAUUGAAAAUUGUUGAGACUCUUCUACGUAACAAAUCACAUUGGUCGCCAAAUAAUGAUGAGUAUGCAGAAUAUGUUGAACAUAAAAGUCCUAUAAUGGUGAUAUGUUAUACAAACCAUGCGCUAGAUCAAUUUCUUGAAGGUAUUCUUGAAUUUUCUCCAAAGAAGUUAGUCAGAAUCGGUGGACGAUCUAAAAGCGAAGAACUUGCACGUUUCAACCUGAGAGUUUUAUCAAAAAAGUGCAGACGUAGAUCAGAUAAUUUCAAAAAGAUUAUAGAUGCCAUAAGUGACCAAAUGAUACAGGCUGAGGAGAUGAUAAAAUUGUGCAACAAAUACAUAUUAAGUGAAUAUACCCUUGAAGCUGUUAUAAAUGAAAAUCAUUUCAGAUGUCUACAGGACUCAAGAGAAGAAUAUUUGGUGGACGGAAAUCGUUCAACUUUACCUACAUGGCUUGGUCUUCUUUCCACUUCAGAUGAAUUUGAAAAGACAGAAGACGUUGCAGAUGCUGACGACGAGAUUAAAGAAGAACAGGGUGAUGUUUCUAACACAAAGAACAUUACGACUGAAUUCGACAUGCUAAUGUAUCAAAGGGAGUAUGAUGAUACAAGUGAUAGAAAAGAUUAUGAAACAAGAAAGAAAUCGGUUUUGCGCACCCUAUACACUAAACUCGCUUAUAAUCAGGAAAUGAAAUGCAGAGAUUCACCAUUGAAAGAGCAUUAUGCGACAUUGAUAAAACAACUAUCCAUCACUGAUGAUGAAAUGGAUGAACAGGAGGCCAACAGACUUGUCAAUAUUCGCAAGUUAUCUCUGAAUAAUCGAUGGCGUCUCUACCGAUAUUGGCUAACCCAGUACAAAGGUACAUUGCGUAAAAUUUUAUUCAAUCAGCAGCACAGUUAUGACCAAUUAGUAGGCAGGAGAAUUCAUGAGCAGGACCACGAAGCUAAAUGUGAAGUUAUAAGGGAUGCAGAUGUAGUCGGUAUGACAACGACCGGUGCUGCUAUGAAUAAAGAGCUCCUGAAUGCCAUUCGACCGAAAAUUGUCAUUGUUGAAGAAGCUGCAGAAAUACUAGAAGCACAUAUAGUAACAAGCCUGACAAAUCAAUGCGAACACCUUAUUCUUAUUGGAGACCAUCAACAAUUAAAGCCUAAUCCUACAGUAUACAAACUUGCUACCAAAUUUCAUCUGGAUACUUCACUCUUUGAAAGAAUGCUUACAAACGAUGUCCCCUGUCAGAGACUGUCAUCUCAACACCGCAUGCGACCAGAGAUAUCGAACAUCAUGAGGAAACACUUUUACAGUCAUCUCCUUGAUGACGAUUCGGUAAAUCACUUUGAUAAUGUUAUGGGAGUGAGCCAUAACUUGUUCUUUAUAAAUCACGACAUCAAGGAAGAGUCUGUGGAGGAUAUUUUGAGUAAGUCAAACGUUCACGAAGCUGAAUAUUGUUUAGCUCUUGCAAAUUACUUCUUCCAACAGGGUUACGAGGCAUCAUGUAUCACCAUCCUGACUACCUAUACGGGACAGGUGUUAAACUUGAAAGGAAAACUCAGAGAUAAGAGGUAUGCCUGUCUUGGUGGUAUUUAUGUUACUGCAGUCGAUAAUUACCAGGGGGAAGAAAAUGAUAUCAUACUAUUGUCUUUAGUAAGGAGUAACGAAGCUGGGAACAUCGGUUUUUUAAAGGUCUCAAAUAGAAUGUGCGUAGCAUUGUCGAGAGCCAGAAAGGGUUUAUUCUGUAUUGGUAACUUCACACUUUUAGCGGAAAAGAAUGACCUCUGGAUGAAGAUAGUGAACGAUAUGCGAUCUUCAGGUCGUAUCGAAAAUCAUCUUUUGUUGCACUGUCACAACCAUCCAGCGACGAAGGUUAAAGCGUUUAUUGCAAAAGACUUCGAAAAAUGUCCAUUAGGAGGAUGUAACCGUAUGUGCGAAACUCGCCUCGAGUGUGGUCAUGUAUGCCCUAAGUAUUGCCACCCUAAAGAUCCACAUCAUGAAAAAUACGAAUGUAGAGAACCAUGUGUCAGAACCUGUGAUCGCAGUCAUCCAUGCAAUUAUUUGUGCUUUAUAAAGUGCCCUCCGUGUACAGUCAUUGUCAGUAAAGCUCUGCUUGAUUGUUCCCAUGAAGCUAAUAUACAGUGUGCCAAAUAUAACCAGCCAAUUGAUUGCAUGGAGCCAUGUGAAAGGACAUUAAAGUGUGGCCACAUAUGCAGACUUAAAUGUUUUGAGAGUUGCACCUCGCGGAGAUGCUUAGAAAUUGUUAAUAAAUCAUUUGAUCCUUGUGGCCACGACAUUCAAGUAGAAUGCUACAUAAACUCAUGUCAACUACCCUGUGAAAAAUUGUUAACUUGUGGUCAUGUCUGUCAAGAAAAAUGCGGAUAUAUGUGCACAACCAAAUGUAAAAAACUUACAGAUAAGACAUUUCAGUGUGGACACACUGUAAAUGUCCCUUGCUUUACACCUUCCUGUAUUUUGCCAUGCCCACGUGAAAGACUGUGUGGUCACCCAUGUCCUGGACUAUGUGGUGAGCCGUGUGGCGACUGUUUGGUUGAAGUCAGAAAAGAACUUCCAUGUAGACAUUUGAAGAUGUUGUUUUGCUAUGAAAAUGUUGAAAGUGUUACUUGUAAAAAAAUGUGCACUAAGACAUUACCAUGUGAACACCCAUGUAAGUUAAAGUGUUAUGAAAUGUGCGAUGCUACUUUAUGUACUAAACUGGUUAAAAAAAAGCUGAAAUGUGAGCAUGAGAAAGAGGUACCUUGUAAUGUAAAUCUUGAAACAUUAUACAAAGAAAAAGAUAGACACUCGCGUUAUGAGAGUUUGGUAACCCGUGCCACAUUUCUCCGUAGCAAGUUUUCAAGACUACCAAAGCAAAUGGAAUUAUUAAACUGUAACGUGGAAGUUAUUUUAACUUUGGGAUGUGGACAUGAAAUCACAAUCGAGUGUUAUGAAUCAUCAAAUAUCGAUAAAAUUAAAUGCAAGAUAAAGGUUAUUGAAACACUAGAUUGCGGACACGACGUCACUCGUGAGUGUUCAAAAAUCGGUGUAUGUUUUGAAAUGUGUUCAAGGCUGUUAUCAUGUGGACAUAAGUGUAAAGAGGCUUGCGCUAAUCCGUGUACAAGUCAAUGUACUGAGAUUGUGAAGAAGAAACUAAAGUGCGGGCAUAAUAAAACUGUGAAAUGUUAUGUAGAUGUCACAGAGAAUGUCACUGAGGGUGAGGCAGCUUGUAAUUUUAAGAUAAAGGUCCAACUACCUUGUGGACAUGAAGAAACACAACUUUGUUGCAGGAGUCAUCUACCUAUUAUAUGCAGUAACCGAUGUUCCAAAAAGCUGUCGUGUGGUCAUUUUUGUACGAAGAAAUGCUCAAAAGAAUGUUCAAUCGAUAGUUGUAAACAGGCAUGUACUGCCAUAUUAGCCUGCGGACAUAAAUGUAAAGGAAACUGUACAGAGUGCUCACACGGACGGGCACAUAGUACAUGCCUCCAAAUUUGCAGAAAGACGCUUAUCUGCGGUCACGUUUGCCAACAGACAUGCUCUAUUACUCCAUGUUCACCAUGUAAAAAACAGUGCAAUUCUACUUGUCCACACAGAAAAUGUCGUAGAGCCUGUGCUGAAAUGUGUGAACCAUGUAAAUCCCCAUGUGAGUGGAAAUGCCCCCAUUUAAAAUGUACAAACGCAUGUGAUGAGAUGUGUAAUCGUGAGAGAUGCAAUGAACCGUGUCACAAGACUCUCAGAUGCAAACAUAAAUGUUUAGGUCUUUGUGGUGAACCUUGUCUCCGUAGUUGUUUAAAAUGUGAUCCGGCUAGAUAUGAUCCAGCUACAGCAAAGGGAAAUAGACCAAAAUAUGUCUACUUGUAUGAUUGUUCCCACGCAGUUGAAGUUUUAAAAAUGGAUGCAUACAUGGAUACAGUUGAAGGUUUGCAACGAAAAGAAUGCCCCAUAUGUGACACAAUCAUCAGAUAUAGUACAAGAUAUGGUAAUGUGCUAAAAAAUAUUGAUGUAAAAAUUGCAUCGAUGAAGCGCAUGAUGUUUGCUGAGCGAUCAAUGCAACAAGUGCAAGAAAGACGAAAACAGAUUAUUGACAAAUUGUCAGUCCUAAAAACAAUUGAUCCGAGAAAACUAUUAGAUGAAGUAAACUCACGCUAUGGAGUAUCAUAUGAUAGAAUGCUUGUAAUUAACAUCGUGAUCACAAUACUCGAAAAAAUAGAAUUUAUUCGUAUCGACUUAAAUCAACAAAAUGAUAAUAUUGGUAGUCAACUGAGCAAUCGCCAUAUAUCUCAACAAUUAGAUAAAGUUGAAAAAAUAGUUUUGAAUUUCACUAAUAGUGUUUCUAGACAGGUGUUGGUUGAUUUGUAUUCAGACUUGCAACGCUUGAAUACUUGCACCCAGUUAAGAAAUCGGGAAUAUCAGGGUAACACUACUUCUGAAGAUUCCACAAAGAUCAACAACAUGUUAUCGAUUAUGCUUUAUACGAAGAUACCGGUAACUCUUGAAACUAGCCUCGAUGCUUUUAGUCUGAUUGGACCAGAAAGCGUAGAAGAAUUAUCAAAAGAAACAUUAGAUGUGGUUGAGAAAAUCGUUAAUACAGGUUCAAGUUUUUGUCAGGACACUUGGAAAACAUGUGCGAUGGGCCAUAUACUGGCUAGGAAUGGAAAUGAAGGAAACGUGCAGAACUGUCCAGAAUGCAAUACUUCCAAGAUUUUUGAAACCACUCAACAGUUUAAUCAAUCGAGAGGGUUUUCAGAAAAUACGAAGGUAGUGAAUCAAAAUGUUCAUGAAAAAGGCGUUAGAAAUUUGAAUCAAGUAGACAAUCGUGAUUUGAAAGUCGACAAUAAUCAAAAUCAAAAGAUAUUGUCGAAGAAUCAACGUCGGCGACAGCAGAGACAAAUCCAACAGGAACCUAAAAAUGAAAACGUAAACAAAGGUUUAAAGGUUUCGACAGACACUCGUACUUCCUCUCAUCCUCAACGACAAGGAAAAGAUUCGCCUUUUAAUAAUAUGAAUGUUGAGAGAACUCGAAGAAGUCACCAACAGCAGAGUAGUAGUGCACAGUCAGGUAGCAAAGCCAUCAACAAAAAUGUCAGUAAAAAAACUGAGAAAUUGCAAGAUGAACGGAAAAAAGAAAGCAACAAAUCUGUAUAUAGCACUAGUCAAGGGAGAAACUCGACUAACCAGACUCGUAAACCACCAGCGGAGGGUGAAAGUACUCGAACGAAACAGCGACAGCAGAGCAGUAGUGCACACACAGGUACCAAAGCCAGUAACAAAAAUGUCGACAACCAACCUGAGCAUUUCCGAGAUGAACGGACAAAAGAGAACAACAAAGCUGUAUCCAGCACUACCCAAGGGAGCAAAUCGACUAACCAGACAAGUAAACCAGCAAACCCAAGACGAAGAAAUAGAAGCAGAGGCAGAGGUAGAGGUAGAGGCUCAUCAUUUAAAAAUUAAGAUAUAAAAAUGAAAAUUUAGGCUGACAAGAAAUUAGCAUAUUGCGAAAAUGUAUAUCCGUAGCGUCCUUCAAGGGCCUCUAAUAAAAGGUGUCACAAUUAUCAUCGGAAUUAUUCUAAUUUUAAUUUUAUAUGAACAAGAUUUUUUUUUAAAAUUAAAUAUUAUAUUAUUUGGAACGAUUUACUCUAGUUAGUAGAUUCUUGCUUGUAAUUUAUUACAGUUUGUAAGCUCCUAAGGACACCAGGCUAUAGCACGAAUAUUACUGUACAUUUCUAUUUUUAUAAUCCAAAUAUUCAGGUUUUAAUUAUAUGAAACUUGCUAGAAUAUAGUCGAGGUUGAUUAUAUGGUUAGGUUAGUUGUGCAACAAAACGAAUGUUAAAUGGUAACAUUUAAAAUCUUCAGUUUGCACAUUUUUUUAAUUUACUUUUUCCCAAUGUCUUUUUUUAAUUCUAAGUUUAGAUCAAUCAAAUGUUAAAAGUUAAUCAAACAACUAGAUAUAAAAUUUCAUCAGGUGACCGUAAAUUCAACACAUUUUGUAUCAAUGAACUUAUUGAAAAUAAAGUACUUAAGACUUCAAUUAAUUCAACCGAUUUUUGAUGUUUCAAUCUUUAUUAGAUCAACAUCAUAAUAUUUGAAAAUAAAUACAGCUGUCAUUAAAAUCUGGUAUGACAGAAUAUUUGAAUAUCAUUGAAUUAGCCAUUUACUAUUCUCAUCAUAAUAAGAUAAGCUUAAAACGUGUAUAAUAUUUUAUUUCUGUUGAUUGUUAUGUUUAAUAGUCGGGCACACACUGCGUCGUAAGAUGGUCGAAAGACUGUCGGCUGACGAAUGUUAUCUGAUCUCAGUGAGCGCUUUACGACGGCUGCCGAUUGUCGAGGGUGGCAGUGGAGUGGAUUGUCAAAACAAAGCUUCGCGCACCACGUCGCGUUAAAUUUUCCUACAGAAUCGCAUUAGCCGACGAGCGUAGGCCCAGUGUGUGGCGACAGGCUUUAGUAAUAAAUUUAAUUCAUAUUAGUUGGCCUAUAGUUUUAUUUCCUGCAUUAUUGAGGGCUUUCUAAACUUUUAUUGAGAAAUAUAGGUACACGUUUUGUUAAUAGAAUUUUUCAGGAGUAUUUUGAUUGUGUGUGUGUGCCAAAGGGUAUAGCAUGCUACUUUCUUCAUUCUUCAAGAUAAUUUUUUUUUAAAUUUCCUUCACAUACAACAGCAAGUACACUCGCCACUUAAGUUUGGAAUGAUGCUUUAUAAAUAGUCUCUUUAUGAGGCCUAGGGAGUACAGUUCUUUUUGGUGGUGAGAAAAUCCUGCUGCUGAGACAGGAAUUGAACCCAGAACCCUGGGAUUAGAAGGCAAGCAUCUUAACCACCAAGCUAUUCAGCUCCACUCGAAUUAAACAUUUAUCGAUACAUAUACAUCACUACAGUUCUAAACUGGUUAAGAAGUGUAGAUUUGUAGGUGUUCAAGAUAUAGCAUGUUAGCUGUUCCUCACUCUUUAAAAAAUAAAGCAUUCAGUGAUUUAUAUAAUCUAUAAGUAUAGUUGAUUGGUCAAAUUGAAUAACAAAGUAUUUGUUCAUUGUCUUUUCCUGUAGUGGUUUAAAUCGAGAUUCUUGGCACAAUGAAGGGUACAUUUUGAUUCCACAUACAUAUAUGCUUAUAUGCAGUAUAUAAGAAUAAACUAUUAUUAUUAUAAAUUAUUAUUAUUAUUAUCAUUAUUAUUUUUUUAUUAUAUACAUAAACCAGUAGAAUUAUAGUAUAAUUAAUAAUUUUAAUGUUAUAAGUCAUAUUGUAUUCCAAUGAUGAUGAUGAUAAUGACAAUGACUAUGAUGAUGGUAAUAGACCUAAUAUUAUUGCAAUACUUACUGUGUAGUAUAUUUAUAUGGUAUGAAAUUUUAAUGUUUAUAUUUAUUCUAUUGCUAAUUUUAAUUUAGUUUGUAACUGAUUGGCGACCCACUCGACAGAGAUCUUGAAUCUCUUUUUUCCAAGUCUCAUUUUGCUUUUCUUAUAUUUGUAUUUUUUAAUGAUUUUUAAUUAAACAAGUAAAUAUAAUGAAAUGAAAUAAUUAAUUCUAACCGGUGAUCAAUGAAGAGGUACCCGAAUAGUAAAUGUCUAUCGUCAGAAUUAUCGUGGAUAUGACAAUUGGGGUACAUGGUAACAGUGUUAGCGCAUGUUUAUCUUCAUUUACAAUUUCUUAAUUACAGUUUCCCAUGCGUGUUGUUCAUUGUGAUUAUGGAUGUACUGACGAAACCCAGUUUUAUUCUUCUUGGAUAAAACUGUCAAAUAUAGUAGAUAUGAAAGUUCGGUUAGAAUGAGCUUUCGAAAAAAGUAUAUCAACAUACUCUACGAACAACAAUACGAUUGAUUGUUUCACAGAAGUAUACUAGGACUAUGGUAUGUUUUCAGCGGCAAUGUACUUAAAACCACUUGUUAAAGUGUUAUUUGUGUUGGUAUGAAUAAUGCAUAACAUUGGUGGCACAACAUGUGUCGUAACGGUAUUCUAUUGAUGUAAAGGAUGGAUCAUUUAAAAAAUGUGUAUAACUUACGGAAUUAUUACAAAUGUACUCAAAACAGAAAUGGAAAUGUUAUUUAAGAUAAACAAUACUUUAGAUGUUCGGCGUUUUGUAUUAAGCCAUAUUUUUAGCCUGCACUGAAACUGGGGUUAAGGUAAUGGUUAUUAUGUGUCAGGCCUACCUCCAUACAUAGCGUCGUUAUUUUAAAUCUUUAAAAGGAUUUCUUUAAGCACAGUUUUCAUGAAAUUGUUACAGUGUUUUGCUGCAAUCUUUACACGUGAUGCGAAUUUAAAAGAUAAGUGGAGUAUGAUAUUGACAUGAUGAUGAUAUUAUUUGAAGGUUUGGCAUGGUGAAUUAACAAUAAUAUUAAAUGCUUGCAAUAGAGCACAUCAAGA